CUUGCGUACCAGGCGGCUGCCAUGGCGUCCUCCCGCUUGCCCCCCGGAGCACUGACGCUGAAGCAGUUCAUGAGAAGGCAGCAAGUUCUCCUCCUCUACCGAAAGAUCUUGCGAGCGAUUAGGCAAGUUCCCAGCGACGCUGACCGAAAGUACCUUCAGGACUGGGCCAGGGAAGAAUUCAAAAGGAACAAAAGCGCCACAGAAGAGGAUACAAUCCGAAUGAUGAUUACUCAAGGCAAUAUGCAGCUAAAGGAAUUAGAAAGGACACUCGCUUUAGCAAAGUCUUAACCGGAAGGUUUUCAGAUCCCCAUGCAUUUUGCACAGGCUCAAAGCCACUACGGUAGCACAGGACAAGAUGAUUAUGCCAAUCAAGCAUGCGAGUCAAGGCGCUGACAUUUCCACUACAGUGGCUGCAAUUCAAAAGUGAGCUAGCAUGAAGAUGGGCGCUUGGAACUGUACACUGCUCGGGUGAAGGGAAAACAGCGUCAGCCACCCUGGGAAACAGAUUAUUAGUUCCUGAACAGGUAGCUAGAGGGCUUGGUGAGAUGGCGCCACGGGCGGAUAAGGCUCUUGCUGCCAGGAACAUGAGUUUGACUCCUGGACCUACAUGGCGGAAGGAGAGAAACCUCUUCAGAAAGUUGUCUGUCCUCUGACCUUCACACGGUCUCUGCAGCACAUAAACAAAAGAGAGAGAGAGAAUGUGAUUAAAAAUAAAUAAAAGGCGACACAGAGUUACCUCAUACAUCAGCAAGUCUUGACUUUAAUCGAGAGAACUGAAGCCAUGCCUCAUGCCUAUAAAAAGUAU